UCAUUCCCUUCACGAUUUACUUUAUUAAUGUGUUCCUUGCAACAAAGCCAAACAUGAAGUUUUACAUUCCUCUGAUGGCUCUGUUUGUUUUAUUCACGAAUACAGUCGGCCACAUUCAAAUUGGACUAUUCUGUCCACAAUGUUUUAAAUUACCAGCAUUGUUAAACAUGGUCAGAUGUAAGCCUGGAGAAGUUAUAGCAUCGGAGUGUAUAAUGAAGUGUUUGAAACUUGACUUUAUAAAAGUUGGAACUUGUUACAAUUUAAACAGUUAUUUACAACACACUACAUUGAAUCCAAGGAUUAAAACGGCGCCAUAUUUUAAAAGAGAUAGAAGAAAUCGAACGCAUAGGAAAAACCCAAAGUAUAGUACAGCGAUUCCUGUUAUGCCAAUUAUUCAGGAAUAUCUCGACGAUAUUUUAGGGACAGAACUGUUACCAAAGAAAAUAAUUCCAGUCUCGCUGAUAGAUAAUAAACCUAUAAUUUCAACUUCGGCUACUACGACUUCGAGUAAUCCCACAACAACAGAAGCAUUUACGACAGAUGGUUUGACUUCAACCCCAACUACUAUUGAAACUGUUUCAUCCACAACACAAAGCACAACCACAGCAGCAUCUAGGUCUGCAAGUUUAACAACAGCCGCAACUACUACUACUACAUCUUCAGCAACAACGACAGCUUCUACAACUGUAAGUUCACCAUCAACAGCUGCAACUACUACUACUACUACAGGUUCAACAACUGCAGCUUCUACAGCUGCAGAUUCAACAACAGCCGCAACCACUACUUCAAGCUCAGCAACAACAGCAGAAGCUACAACUGCAAGUCCAACAACAGCUGCAACUACUACUACUACUACAGGUUCAACAACUGCAGCUUCUACAGCUGCAGGUUCAACAACAACCGCAGCCACUACCUCAAGCUCAGCAACAACAGCAGAAACUACGACUGCAAGUCCAACAACAGCUGCAACUACUACUACUACAGGUUCAACAACUGCAGCUUCCACAGCUGCAAGUUCAACAACAGCCGCAGCCACUACUUCAAGUUCAGCAACAACAGCAGAAGCUACGACUGCAGGUUCAACAACAGCCGCAGCCACUACUUCAAGUUCGGCAACAGCAGCAGAAUCUACGACUGCAGGUUCAACAACAGCCGCAGCCACUACUUCAAGCUCGGCAACAACAGCAGAGGCUACGUCUGCAAGUCCAACAACAGCUGCAACGACUACUACUACAGGUUCAACAACUACAGCUUCUACAGCUGCAGGUUCAACAACAACCGCAGCCACUACUUCAAGUUCGGCGACAACAGCAGAGGCUACGACUGCAAGUCCAACAACAGCUGCAACGACUACUACUACAGGUUCAACAACUGCAGCUUCUACAGCUGCAGGUUCAACAACAGCCGCAGCCACUACUUCAAGUUCGGCAACAACAGCAGAGGCUACGACUGCAAGUCCAACAACAGCUGUAACGACUACUACUACAGGUUCAACAACUACAGCUUCUACAGCUGCAGGUUCAACAACAGCCGCAGCCACUACUUCAAGUUCGGCAACAACAGCAGAAGCUACGACUGCAGGUUCAACAACAACCACAGCUUCUUCGACUGCUAGCACUACCACAACAAUCUCAUCCACUACUUCAGUUUAAGCAACAACUUCCAUUAUUCCAGGUCGAACUAGUGCAGUUGCGUCUACAACUUGAGAUCUUCCAAUUACAAAGGCUCUAAAACUUUUAUUUUAAUGUCUCUUAUAUUUUUUUGUUAAAGAUAAUAAAGUUAGACAGUGCAAAGGUCUAUUGAUGUUA